AUAACAGAGGGGAGUGUUGUGUGUGAACCAAGACACUGCUAUACACUGUAGCAGAGCUGGAGCGUACUGGACUGUACUAACUAGCGUAGCAUCUACACUGCCUAUGAGGGUGGGGUCCGGCUUUACAGAAAUCUGAGACACAGAAAGCAAGAGAUAGAGGGAGAGAGAGAAGAGGAGGGAGAUUGCACCAGGAGAGGAAGACAACAAGGGAUGAAAGGAGAUACCCCAGUAAAUAGCACAAUGAGUGUCGGUCAGGCCAGGAAGCUGGUGGAGCAGCUGAAGAUUGAAGCCAGUAUGUGUCGGAUCAAGGUGUCAAAGGCAGCGGCAGACUUGAUGGCAUACUGCGAUGCCCAUGCCUGUGAGGACCCUCUCAUCUCUCCCGUGCCAACCUCUGAAAACCCUUUCAGGGAGAAGAAGUUCUUCUGUGCCCUCCUCUGAGCAAAAAGAGUGGUCGAGAAGGGUGCUGAAUACCAACAAAAAUAACAGCAGAUAACAGUUUUACAUACAUACACUCUGUAUAAAUAACAUAGCGAGACACAGUGAGUAGUUUUUGUUUAUACUGUAUUUUCUUUUUUAAAAACAAGUUUAGUAAUUAUGACAGUUCUUAAGCUUAAAUGGACCAACCUUGUAAGGUUUGAAAAACUUAGAUCAUACCCCAGCAGGUUUUCAGCACUCAUAGUUUAAUGUGCUUAUCUGAAGUUGAAUUUUCACGUGGUAAAUGUGAAAUUUGCUUGGUUAACUGUCAGUUAUAUCAUUACCCACCACAAAUUGCAUUGAACCAAAACUGCAUUUUGGCACAAAAUCUAUGAAUCAGUUGUUCCCCAAAGAUGACAUUAUGUUACAAUUGACAAGCUAAUCUACAGACGGACAAAUAUAAGACAAAAACACACACCUGUUGGCAAGUUCAUGAAUGCACAUGAAUGCUUAUUGAAAUAAAGAGCAACGGAAUGGGGGAGGACCACACAAUCUGUCACAAUACACAUUUUUAAAAAGUUCACAUUUCCUCCCCAAUUUCUCACUUUUCAGUCUUAUAUGCACUUAUUUUAAAAUGUAGAGUGCUGAUGCACAGCAUAGAUGGACAGUGUUUAGGUUAAUGAGAUACAGUGAAUCAGGGAUCAUGGUUUAACUUUAGAACAGCAAUUGGAUGGGAUGAGUGGAAAAAAAUAUAAAGCUGGUGAGCUUGAUACAUAUAUACACAAUCACUAAAACAGACUCAGACAUUCCAAUGAAAGCACAAAAGUGUUUUUCCAUCAGGCUGUGGGGUUCAAAUUAUUUUUGUGAGCCAGAACCUCAACAGAGUAAUACAGAGAGAACAGGGACUACCUCCAGAUGAAAUAGCAUCCAUGUUAAGUGCGGCUCUAUCUUAAUAUACUAUUAAAGCUAUGGUAAAAGUGUACAGACAAAAUUUCAAGCUACACAAUCAUGUAAUUAUCAAAUGUGCUCAAGAAAGGAUUUUCCAUUGUUAACUCUUGGUAUGUUUACAGGAUAUAUUGUGUUUUUGGGACUUCCAAUGAAAAAGCUCUGCUGACUCAGAACUGAUGUGUGAAACCUGUCACUGUAUCUAAAUAUCUAACACUUAUUGGAAAACAGAAAAUGUAAUGGAGGUGUGUGUCAUCAGAAUGGGAUGGGGUAGUAUGCAAAAAAUUCCAAGGUCUCAAAAUGAUAUUAAAAUACUCCCGCUACCACAAA